AUGGCGGAAGGCACCGACUCCGCUGGCAUCAGUGGCAACACGGCAGAUUCCUUAGACAAGGAGGGAGCCAAGAGGAGAGACAGUGAAAUGGCGGUCGAUGGACGCACCUCGUGCCCUACCAAGGAUGACGGCGAUGUCGCAGAAUGCGACGGAAAGAACGAUGCUCCCCCUGGGUGCUCUCCCGUCGAGAAGGCAGAGGCUUUGAAGACCGAGGGAAAUGAAUUAUUUAAACAGCACCAGUAUGCCGAGGCGGUUUCCAAGUACUCAGCUGCAAUUGAUACGAUCGAUGAAUCACCGCUGGACCCUAAGGAAACGCAGCUUCAUGUCUACCUCUGCAACAGGUCUUUCGCUCACCUACGAAUGGAAAACUUUGGCUCUGCAAUCAUAGAUGCAGAACGUGCUCUGGAGCUCAACCCGAAAUUUUCAAAGGGGUAUUACCGUCGGGGGACGGGCUAUUUUUGCCUAGGAAACCUGAAAGCUGCACAACGCGAUUUCGAAAGAGUGUGCCAGCUGCGUGGCGGGAAAGAUGCAGAUGCUCUUUCUCGCCUGAAUGAGUGCAAAAAGCAGCUGAGAGCACAGGCGUUUGCAGCCGCCAUUCGCACGAAGCAGACAAUACCAACGUCGAAGCAGGUUCUCGCUGAGGGUCUAGAGAAGCUGUUCCCAGUCACGGCGGACUACACAGGACCCGUUUAUGAAAAGGGAAAAGUUGAUGCAAAGUUCUUGGAAUCUCUUUGUUCGUGGCUGCGCAGCCCGGAGAACCGGCUACACCCGCAGUACGCGUAUGCAAUGGCUGUGGACUUCAUUGACAUUCUCGAGCCCUUGCCAUCGCUAGUUAAUCUUGAAAUCCCUGCAGAUAAAGAGAUCACGGUAUGCGGAGACGUUCAUGGACAGUUUUAUGAUUUGAUGCACAUAUUCGAGAUCAACGGAAUGCCCUCUGAAGAUAAUCCUUAUCUCUUCAACGGCGAUAUAGUCGACAGGGGCAGCUUCUCAGUUGAGGUCCUGCUGACGAUGGUUGCGUGCAAGCUGGCCUACCCGAACCACAUGCACAUUACGCGCGGUAACCAUGAGACCAGCGAGAUGAAUGCUAUGUACGGAUUUAAGGGAGAGAUGUUAUACAAGUACGAUGAGAGGCUUUACCAAAUUUUCAGUGAGGCGUUCCGCUUGUUGCCACUGGCUUUUGUGGUGAAUAACAAGGCAUUUGUCGUUCACGGUGGCCUAUCUCGUCAGAAGGACGUAACCCUGGAUGACAUUCGCAAGAUUGACCGCAACAAGGAACCAGGUUCUGACGUGCUGAUGACGGAUUUAUUGUGGUCUGACCCCUCUGACGCUCCUGGGUUGACACCAUCGAAGAGAGGCGUUGCAUGCCAAUUCGGCCCCGACAUUACAGCUAAGUUCCUGAAGGAUAACAAUUUGAGCUUUGUUAUUCGUUCCCACGAAAUGAAGGAGGAGGGAUAUCAAGUUGAUCACGAUGGCAAACUGAUAACUGUGUUUAGCGCUCCUAAUUAUUGCGACGAAAUGGGCAAUAAGGGGGCUUUCAUCAGGCUGAACGGAUCAGAAAUGAAGCCGAAGUUCCACCAGUUCACGGCGGUUUCGCAUCCUCCAGGGCCUGCCAUGAAGUAUGCGAAUCCCAUGCUAAGUCUCAUAUGA